AUGCUCCGGCUGCGCUCCUCCGCUCGCCUGCUCAGGAAGCUAUGCGAGGCGUCGCGGCCGCUGGGGCGGCGCGAGGUCCAAGGCGCGGCGACGCGACGGCUCUCCGGCGCGGCCGCCUCCGCCGCGCGGACGACCUCGCUGCUGCGCCCUCUGCCGGGGCUGGACCUGCCGCAGAGCCUCCCCGACAAGCUCACGCGCCUCCCGACCCGCGUCACCACGCUCCCCAACGGCGUGCGCGUCGCCUCCGAGGACCUCCCGGGCCCGUCGGCGUGCGUGGGGGUGUUCGUGGCGUCGGGCUCCAUCCACGAAUCCCCAGAAUCCGCCGGCGUCACGCACCUGCUGGAGAAGCUGGCGUUCAAGGACACGGCGCACCGGAGCCACAUGCGGAUCGUGCAGGAGGUGGAGGCCUCGGGGGGAAACGUCGGCGCCUCCGCGUCCCGGGAGCAGAUGGUGUACAACUACGACACGCUCAAGGCGUACAUACCCCAGGCCGUCGAGCUGCUCCUCGACUCGGUCCGCAACCCGCUCUUCCUCCAGGAGGAGGUCGACCGGCAGCUGGCCCUCGCUCGAGAAGAUGUCCAGGAGAUGCAGAAGAACCCUGAGAGGUUUCUCCAGGAAGUGCUCAACCUUGUUGGAUAUGAGGGCGCUAUUGCAAACCCGCUUAUAUGCCCCGAGGAGGCUCUUGAGACAAUCAAUGCCGAUAUUAUUAAAAAGUUCUAUCACGAAAACUUCACUGCUGAUCGUUUGGUUCUAGCAGCGUCAGGUGUUGACCAUCAACACUUGUUGGAUGUUGCAGAACCUUUGAUAUCUGAUUGGCACAAGGGAUCCCCUAUGGAAACACCAAAGUCGACGUAUACAGGUGGUGAUUUCAGACACGCGGCAGAGUCAGAUAUGACGCACGUUGCGUUGGCUUUUGAAGUGCCUGGGGGCUGGCUUCAAGAGAGAGAUGUUACAACUAUGACCGUCAUUCAGACCUUAAUGGGUGGUGGUGGCUCAUUCUCUUCUGGUGGUCCUGGAAAAGGGAUGCAUUCACGACUUUACUUGAGAGUCCUGACUAAAUAUCACGACGUCCAAGCAUUUUCAGCAUUUAGUAAUGUAUAUGACACCAGUGGCCUCUUUGGCAUCUACUUGACAACACCACCAGAUUUUGUUGCAAAGGCUGUUGAUGUCGCGAUAAAGGAACUGAUUGCUAUCGCAACGCCUGGACAAGUGACAGAGGUUGAACUGACACGCGCGAAAAACUCAACGAUUUCAUCAGUUUUGAUGAAUCUUGAAUCGAGAGUAAUUGUUGCAGAAGAUAUAGGGCGGCAGCUUCUGACUUAUGGUUGCAGGAAGCCUAUUGAUUCUUUUCUGAAGUGUAUGGAUGAAUUGACCCUAGACGAUGUUACAGUGUUUGCUAAGAAGUUGUUAUCUUCCCAACCCACAAUGGCUAGCUAUGGAGAUGUUGAUAAAGUCCCUCCAUAUGAAUUUGUUAGCAAGCGGUUCCAAGCGUUCAGAUAGUGCCCUACCCUAACACAAAGACAUGCAGCUUCCCCUCAAUUACAGCUCUCCCCGUGAUGUACUCGGAAAUUUCUUUGUUUUUACUCAUAUGAACCAAUGAUGUUAGGUUUGUAGCGACUAUGUUCAAAUACCACAUGCAGAUGAAAUGUAUCAGGUAGUCAGGAACACAAUUUUUUGAAGUUCGUAUGGGAAUUUUGCCUGCUGAUCCGACUAUGUGGUCUCGUUGACAUGUUGAAUGUUCAGUACUUGUACUGUCAGUUUCAUGACGAUAAUAUACAGCAAUGGCGACUUUCCAAACACUUGUUACUGGAUAAUUGACAAGUUCUGUCACAGGUUUAUCUUUGUA